GUUGAUUCAGUAUGUUAAGCGGUUAUCCUACUCUAAAAAGACUGAAUUACAUUGACUUUGGUGCAACUAAAAUUAACAAAAUGGGUAAAAUUUUAGUAAUAUUCGUUAUAAUGGUUCAUAUAGUCUAUGGAUUCAUAGAGCUUUACGAAGCUGAACAUGCCCAACAACAACUUGCAGAAGAAAUCAGCGACAUUGCUGGAAUAACCAAAGCCAAAGAAUUGAUUGACAAAAUGAAGGACGGUGUAGGAGGUUCAACUAUUGCAAUUCAUUAUCCAAGUGGUCGACAAUUCAUUCACCGCAACAGAUGGAUCAUGAUGUGUAACGGCUUAAUAUCCCGAGAAAAUGGCCAUUGCAACGGCAACGCUUUAGAAUCAGUAACGGCUUUCAAACCCGAAUCAACUUCCGAUUAUUGCUACAUCAAAAGCUACCACUCAAUGAACGAGACUCUUUGCCUAUCACCGCAUCCUGUUGACGUGUCAUUUGAGAAUAACACCAUUAAAUGUGAAGGGCAAAGUGAUUUUUUUCCAGCUCUUGCUAUUUCUAUUGACGAUUAUCUAAAAGCGUGUGAGAAAAUUUCCAGUAACGUAACAUAUAUUUAUUUUGCUAAUGAUCAUGAUCCCGAUCAUGUAGAAAUUCCAAAUGAAAAUCCACAUGUCAAAUGCGAUAACGAAGUCGAUAAUAAUGAUUUUAAUAAAACUUUGUCUCCCAGAAGUCAAAAACUGAUGAGAGAUUAUAGUUUUGCCAUUAAUAAAACUGGGGUUUGUGUAUUUUCUGAACAGGACAAAUUGAUUUUGAAACUUUUGCAAUAUUUAAAACUGUAAGAAAGAUUAAAAUAUUAUGUAUUUUUUUGAUUAUAUAAGCUGAAACAAGUAGAAUAAAUGAAUACUUAUAGAAUAA